ACGUUUACUGUGGGAGGGGGCUGCGAUGUGGAAGCACUUCUUCAACGAAUCGACCAUCUAGAGGCAUGUCUGCGCGAUGAAGAAGAGGAACGUAACAAGACCAGUUCCGCUCUUGUGGCAUAUAUGUCUCGAUGUCACUCUUUGGAGAAGAAGAUUCGGAAUGCGAAUCUUUCCUACACCGACAUGUCUCUCUCUGCAAAAAACAAGGAGGAAGUUUUGAAACUGGUAGAGAAAAUUCGAGACGUCCUUCGAACUCUGGGUAAACAAAACAAGGAGUUGCGCAAAGAGUGUACUUUGCUCCUGGGUUUGGAUGAUCAGAGCGGAUUAAGCCCCAGUUCGAGUGCUGCCUUUGAAACGCCUGAGCGAAAGAACGUCUCCGGAGUGAUUGCAGAGAAAAGUCGUCUGCUCGCUGAAGAUUUCGAAAAGAAGCAGCAAGAAAUCCUGGACAGUCUCAAAGCAUUGGCGGACAAUGUCACAAACUUCGACGAGAGUGUUCUGAACAUCUUGAGGGACAUA